AUGGGAGAUGAGAAGAGAGGUAGCAUUGCGUUCUUCGCAACAUACCGACCACCAGUGGCGUUGGACAUAUACUCGUCUUCAGCUCCAGUAGUGACGCCGAACCAUAAUGAGCUUCACAUGACUGAUGGGGUUUCCUACAAUUACAAUGCCCAAGUCAUUCCAUCAGCCGCUCUUAAGAAAAUUCUCACUCGCCCUAAAUUGGCUUCCGAAGGCAAUGCAUCCGACGUAGAUUCAGGUCGUCUCUCGGCCAUGGUUUUCGUCUCCGAACGCAACAACCUUGAAACACUUCACAUAGCUCUCCGCUUCAAUGGAGACACACCUAAUGUCAAAGUCUUUAGUUUUGCUGAUGUUUUUGGUACAUUUGAUGGUAUUCGAAUGGAGGACUCUGGUUGCGUUGCUGGAGAUUAUCUUGUCUAUGUCACCACUAAGGAUGACCCUGCCGAACGCCGUCGAUCAUGGGCUGCUGUUUACAAAACUAAUCUUAAGACUGCCAAAACUGAACGACUCACACCAAAAGGGGAAGCUGACCUAAGUCCAUCAGUAUCGCCCAAUGGAAAGAUGAUAGCAGUGGCGUCAUUCCAGAAAAAAGGUGGUUGGGAUGGUGAGAUUGAAGAUCUAAUGACAGAUAUUUUUGUAAUGAAUGUAGAUAAGCCUUUUGGUCGAAAGUUGGUUAUAAACAAUGGAGGUUGGCCGAGUUGGGGAAGUGACAAUGUCAUAUUUUUCCAUCGCAAGGUUGGAGAGCUUUGGGGUGUGUUUAGAGCUGACAUUAGCAAGGGUUCGAAAUCAGAAGCCUCACGUGUCACCCCUGUUGGCAUCGACGCGAUAACUCCAGCAGCCAUCAACGCUACCACCGUGGCUGUCGCAACUAUUCGCCAGAAAUCAAAAUUUAGUGAUGUCCGGGUUGAAGCACAAUAUAGACACAUCGAAGUUUUUGAUUCAACUGGAGAAAUGCAACCUAUGGAAAUCACUCGAAACACAAGACCCAAGGCCGAUCACUUUAACCCUUUUGUGAUAGAUGGUGGGAAGCGCAUUGGUUACCAUCGUUGCAAGAGUGACAUUCUAAAGAGUGGUGAUGAUAUUGAAAGACAAUUCCACAAGCUUGACUCUCCACAUCCAGAUGUAGGAUUGUUUAGAGUCUCAGGAGUGUUUCCAACCUUCUCAAAAGAUGGCUCGAAGCUUGCAUUCGUGGACAAUGAAUUCAAGGCUGUGUGGGUAGCAGACAGCCAAGGAUUGCGAAUUGUUUUUGAGACAAAAGGCCCAGAUAGCAUUUUUGGACCAGUUUGGAACCAAGAUCCUGAAAAAGACGUAUUGUAUGUCUGCAUGGGACCAUCUUUCAACGUCAGCAAAAAACUAGACAUUUGUGCCAUCCCUGAAGUUUCAAGUGGUAAACGACAUCGUAAACAACUUACUAGUAUUAGCAAUAAUGCUUUUCCAUCCUCUAAUCCAGAAGGAACAAAAUUAGUAUUUCGAUCUGCAAGAGAUGGGGGAGAAAAAAAACACAAGAAUCUAUACAUAAUGGAAGAUGCACAAUCUGGUGAGUUUGGAGAGGGCACAAUAACAAGGCUAACAAAUGGGCCAUGGACUGACACACAUUGCCAAUGGUCUCCAAGGGGUGAUUGGAUUGUUUUCUCUUCAACACGAGACAAGCCAGAAAGUGCACCAGCGACUGAUAAUGAUCUUGACCCAGGAUUCUUUGCUGUGUAUAUAGUGAAGGCAAAUGAUCCUUCGGUUGUGAUAAGAGUGUUAGGAAGUGGAAAUGAUCUCGGAGGGCAUGUGAACCAUCCAUUCUUCAGUCCUGAUGGAAAAAGCAUUGUUGUGACUGCUGACCUUGCUGCAGUGUCUGUUGAUCCCAUCUCUUUGCCUCUCUUCUUGCACUCUGUCAGGCCUUAUGGAGAUAUAUUCACUGUGGAUAUUGACCCAGAUGACAUUAACAAAAACAAGAAUGUUAAGAAAUUCAAUCGUGUUACACAUAGUAGGUAUGAGAAUUCUACUGCUAGUUGGACAAUGUUCUCAACUAAGGACCCAAAUGCAUCAUGGAAUCUACUUUUGAAGGAAGACUACGCGCCCACAUGCCCUUAUGCACAUCCCGAUGGAGCUACCACAAAUUUGGUGGCCAAACAAGCAAAACCAAUCACAAGAAAUAUAUUGGUUGAAGUAGGGACUGACAUAGGCAUGGAGGUGGUGACAGAUUGCUCAUCUGAGAUUGGCUCUGCUGCAGAGGUGCUAGGUGGAGUAGCCAUAGACACACUAUCUUCUUCAACGGCUCUAUCUCUCUCAAGGGACGCCGACCGGACCACCGCGCCACCACCGGACCACCACGCCGACCGGACCACAGUUGACUUACCAGACCAGGAUCUGGACGAUGACGAUGAUGCUGACGGGGGCGGGGAUGAUGAGGCGGGCAGUACUCGUUUAUAG